UAUAAAAAAACAUAUCUCCUAGCCUCCUGAAUUUGUUUCAAGCUCAUAAUACUAAGCAUAAUGCUUGAAUUAACACCCCAAAAAAAUGUGCACCUAAGAAAAUACCCUAAUAAAAAGGGAAGAGGUGAAUUUUAUUUCCUGUCGCUCGUGAACGUUCAGGGAAAUACUGGUGUGGUACCUGCAUGCGGUAUUUGUAUUGUUUAGAGGCAUUUUGCCGAGUGCUUGACUUGGAACGAUGAAUGUUGAGUGCGUUCAGUUGAUUGUUAGCACGUUAUUAUAUUUCUUUAUUUUUGUUUGUGGAUUUGCUAUUUCCAUUCCAUUAGGAGUCAUAACUAACGGAGUCGCAGGAUGCAUUCUCUACGGAGAACUGGAAUCCCAAAGUGCAACAAGAUUCAUACUGAAUUUCAGCCCCAUGUCAAACUGUGAUUUCCCCAUGUAUUGUGGAGUGUUUGUCUGUAUUAUCUAUGCUUUCGGAAUGGGAGUCUACAAUUUGUACACAAUUUACAAAUCAAAGAAGGACACUUCCAAUUAUAAUCAGCCCCAGAUGUUGGUGGUGGCGGUCCUUGCAGUAAACUCCCUGGCUACACUCCUCGUGUUUGUCUCCUCCUGCAUCGUCAGUGCGGGGUUCAGAGAAUUGUGUGACUCCCUCACCCAGGACAAGCCUUACCAGUACUUCCCAAGCUGUGAAGAAGCCCAAAAUCAGAAACUCGUGAUAGUGGGAACUGACCAUCAAGUUUCGGCAGGAACUUUUUACACCAAUUUCAACGUAACACAGGCAGCCUCUUGGAUUUGUACUUUUCUGUGGUUGGCGUUAGUUAUUUCUGGAGUUGUCCGGUUUAAACUCAGUCGACGUAUGCAAACCCGGGGCGGGGCUCCAUCAGCAUAGAUAACCAAGAUCUCAACCGAAGGACAAACAGUAUAAGGAGUCGCGUCACAUCGACUGUCAAUAACGUCAUUGUGUGUUGCCACGUCACUUUCGCCGCACUUGUUUUGUGCAAUUUUUAGGUUUAGAACACAUUUUUACAAGCAAAAUUAUAAGUAAAUGUAAAAUAUAUUUUAAAAACUUCUUCAUAUGAAAUAUUUGUGCAAGAUAUUACAUGUAUGAAUAUUUAAUUCUAUCAUAUUAAGAAACUUAUUAUUCAUCUUUUAUUCUAUGUCAAGUACUAUACUACUGUAUAUGCAUUCUUAAAAAACAAUCGUUUGUCUAACCUAUCUAAUUACUAGUAGUUUAAUCUAAAAGUUUUAGAUUUACCUUUUAAACAGUCUUAAUCAAAGUUUGUAUUAUAUAUUGUUUAAUGUUUUCGUCUUUAUGAAAAAAAUGAGGACCUAAGUUUUUAGUUUACUUAAAAAAAAUGGAUAGUAAUUUUUUCUGUUAACUUUAUUUUUAUGAAACGACUGAAUCCCCUGUCGGUUAAAGUUUGUUUGUCAUUAUAAAUGUGGAUUUUGUCUUACUCCCUUUAUUUUCUUAAAGAUAUUCUUGACUUAAUUACCAUAUGUCAAUGAUAAAAUGUUGUUCAAAAUUUCGUAAACUACUUGCUUUAGUUAGAAUAUUGAAAAUGAAUGACAAAAUGAAUGGGAUUCCUUAUUUUGGAACAUUUGGAGAUAACUUCGUCACCCAGGUGAUCCAAUGCUAUUUGUUUUCGUCCGCCGUCACGCAUCAUUUCGUCAUUAGACUUUUUUCACAAUCACAUAUUUCACAAAACAAUAACUUUUUUGUUGUUAAGAAAAUUGAAGGAUACUUCACAAGGGUUGCAUAUUACUCAUAUGACAGUGAAGACCAAGGACCACUUAAUUAUCAAUCAAAGUCUUACAACAUAUCUCCAACUUGUUAAUGUUCAAAUCUUCACCAAAAAAAUCAUUAGGAAGAAGUAUUUAACUUUUCUUUGAUAAUAUGUGUAUUAUUAAGCUAUCUUAUUUUGGUAUCAAAUGGUAAUAUUUCACACUGGCAUGAAUCAACGAGCUAUAUACCUUAGUAUAAUAAAGAGUUUGCAUUAAGGGGGAUGUGCGGCCAUCUUGUACAUUUGAGGAUAAGAAUAUAAACAUUUCUUGAACUGGCUUGUUUCUGCUCGAAACUGGCCAAAAAUGUUGCCAAAAGACAUAAAAGCAAUAAAUAUGAAGUCCAACAUGUCAUUUUGUUUAAAAAGUAUGUAUACAAGAACAUGACAAUGCCUUUUUAAUCACUAAGAACAGCUGUCGAACUGCACAGCUAUAGACUCAUUUUGAAGAUUUAAAACUCUGAAAAAAAAUUGAAGGGGUCCAUUGGUGUCCUCUUUACAACCAUGGCAGAAACAAGCCAGUUCAAGAAAUUUUCAUAUUCUUAUCCGCAAAUGCACAAGAUUGCCGCACAUCCCCCUUAAGGUUAGACUGUAUACAAUUACAUUUUGGUCAGCUCAUCUUUUGUAAAUUUGCAUUAAGAUGGAAUAACACAUCAUUAUAUAAAUAGUGCCUGUUUGGGAGGGUAACAGUUGAAAUUGACACCCCGAGAAAACCAUUGUCAACUGACGCGAAGCGGAGGUUGACAAUGGUUUUCGAGGAGUGUCAAUUUCAAUUAUUAAACUUUCAUGUUAAAUACUGAAAUCUGAUUGGUUAAUGCACAGUUGAUAAUCCGUUCUAUUACCCUCAGCGUUAGCAACACACUUAGCAACGGGUCACACAACGAAUUGUUACAUGCGCGUAAAUUAUUUGCGAACGGUUCGCCGUAGAAUUCACGUCAUUUCUGUAUAAAUGCAGUAAAAAAAACUCUCUAAUAUUAAGCCAUUCAGUAUAAUAAAAUAAAUAGUGCCUGUUUGGGAGGAUAACAGUUGAAAUUGACACCCCUCGAAAACCAUUGUCAACCUCCGCUUCGCGUCGGUUGACAAUGGUUUGUACAUAUGUACAGUUUAUUUAUCAUUAUAUAUUUCAUAAUCAAAUGAUUAACUGUUAAUUUGAGUGACUUUUUCCAGGUGUGUUUGUUAUUCUACCUUAAGGUUCGACUGUAUACAAUUAUAUCUUGGUCAAUUCAUCUUUUAUAAUAAAUCUUUGUAAAGACUUUUUUUCAACCAAUCAGGUUGUGAUAUUAUUUUGUAAAUAUGUUGUAUACUUAUCAUCAGAAUUUUAGUAAUUAAUUUACUACAGAAAGAGGAUCCUAUCGAAGAUUUAUUGAAAAAAGAUUUUUUUUUCAUUAUAAUUCCAACAUUUUUAUAUAAGCACUCUUGUAUUAAAAAAAAAGAAAAUCGAGUUUUCGGUUCUUAUGUGUUCAUUUUACCUGAAUGGAAUCCUCACCUUAGAUCUCUGUUUUGUAUUGUAUAUACACUGUACGUAUUAGUAAACCCAGCGAGUUCUUGUGUCAAUGUUAUUAAGCAUUUUUGCUGAGUAUCUAUUAAAUAUCUGUA